CCAAAACGAAAUAAUAGGCUGCACGGACGACCGAAAACCGCAAUGGAAAUCGCUCAGGUGGGGAAGAUCAUUUGGCAGCGGUUUUCUGUUUCUUCUUUCAUAACUUUUGGACUGUGUCUCGUGUUGACCAUCACGAUUCUUCAUUUCGAUGCAAGGAACAGAAAGACAGAAGAGAAAUCAACCGCAAACCGUUUCCUUUCCAAGAAAUCUCUGGAUGACAAAGCUGUUCACACGCCAAGACCCGUUCCUGGAUCCCUGUAUACCCGGUGGGGUAGAACAAAAUGUACACGUAAUUCAAGUCUGGUAUACGAUGGUGUGGUUGGUGGAACAGCGCAUAACGCAACAGGCGGCGGAAGUAAUCUCUUGUGUCUACCUAACGACCCCAUUUGGGCCAAUUACACUGGCGUUUUUGUAGGUGGUGGGAGUCACAUAUAUGGCAGUGAAUAUCAAACAUCAAAUUCCUAUUUGAAAGAACACUUUUCUUUUGCUAACGCUGAAUCACUUUCUGAUCACAACAACCGUUUCCUUUUCAAGAAAUCUCUGGAUGACAAAGCUGUUCACACGCCAAAAGCUACAUACUGGAGUCACAUGUAUGGCAGUGAAUAUGAAACACGAAAUUCCUAUGCGAAAAAAUACUUUUCUUUUGCUAACGCUGAAUCACUUUUUGAUCACAAUGUUCCGUGUGCUGUCUGUUUGACACGACAACCUGCUGUUGUUAUGAUGUUACCAGCCAGGACAAAGUGUUACGAUGGUUGGACGAUUGAGUAUUCAGGAUAUUUGAUGACCGAGUAUCAUAAUCAUAAAGGCAGACAUGAAUAUGUGUGUGUGGACUAUGCACCAGAAGCUGAUCCAGCGGGUUACAGAAACGAGAAUGGAGCUUUAUUAUAUUUUGUGAAGGGAAUUUGUGGUUCAUUGCCAUGUCCACCGUAUGUCUAUGGUCGCAUAUUAACCUGCGUUGUGUGCAGUAAAUAUUGAAUGGAAUAUGGUUGAGUUUGCUUCUCUAUGAAAACUUAUGUUAACCAAUUACAAGACAUAAUAUAAUAUCAUAAAAAAUAUAGACAUUUUAAAUUCUGUUUGCUAAUAUUUUAUUGAAGUUAUAUAAAUCGUUAAAAUACUCUGCGCUACUAGUUAACAGAAAAAUAUUAUAAUGGAGAGAAAACCGGCGUCAGAGAAUGUGAGAAUUAUGCUUAUAGAACAAUGCAAAGCUGAGUGAAUAAUUCUAGAUAAACAUUGUAUAAGGAUCAGUUCAUAAAACUAAAAUGUGGAAAUAAAAUUGUAUUUCGUUUAACUGUA